AUGGGUACUACAAAAGAUAUCGUGAAAUUGCAACAAGAAGAGUUAAAUAUUGGAUAUAUAAUUGAUUUAGUAACUGCAUCUAAUUGUGGAGCUGUUUUAAAAUUAGAAUACGAAGCAUAUGAACCAAUGGCAUUAAAAGAAAUGAAUAAUAUAUGUUCAAAAAUUCGUUCUCAAUGGAAUGUUCAUCAUAUUGCUAUAUAUCACCGUUUAGGAGAAGUACCAGUAUCUAAAGCAAGUGUAGUAAUUGCAAUUUCAUCUCCUCAUAGAGAAGAAUCAUUAAAAGCUGUUGAAUAUGCUAUUAAUGCAUUAAAGUCAUCUGUUCCAAUUUGGAAAAAAGAAAUAUACGAUACACAAGAAAUGCAAUGGAAAGAAAACAAAGAAUGUGCCUGGUCAAAUAUUCAUAAUGCAAUUGAUUUUGAAGAAUCAGAAAAUAUUGCAAUAACAAAUGAAGUAAUAGAGACAACAGUAGAAUAUGAUAGUGAAGAAGAAGAAGAAAAAGAAGAAUCUAAAAUAAUAAUUGAUCCAAAUCUUGUUCAAAUUCGCGCUUCGUCGAAUGAAUUAAAUCAUAGAAUAUCAGCUUUUAUUGAACGAAAACGUCAACAAGUAAAUAUUGUGAAUGUACAAGAAUUUUGUUGUCACAGAGAUCAAAAUGAUGAGAAUGAAGAUUCUUGUGCAAGAGUUGAUGCCAUUCUUAUUAGAAGAAAAGAUUCAAAAAGUCAUGUAAAAGUGCAUAGAGUACUUAAUACAUGGGGACCGCAAACGGUAGAUCAACAUGUUUUACAUAAAGUUACAAUGUCGGGAGCAAAUCAAACAAAUAAUUAUUCAUCGGUAUUAGAUGAAAGAAUUUCAACUACUGAAAAAAUUCUUGGAAUAAAUCGACCUGUUCCCAAAGAUGUUUAUGAAAGGCUUAAAAAUAUUGAAGAUAGAAUAUUAUAUUUAGAAGGCAUAUCUCCUGAAUAUAAGAAUCUUUGGAAAGCAGAAGAUAUGAAUAAUCUUAAAGGAACAUUUAAACCAAUUAGAAAAAGGACAUAUUCCAUGGCAGAACUUGAUUCAAAAUUGCAUGAAUUAGAAGAUAAAUAUGCCAAAAGAGCAAAAUAA